ACCGUUAAAACCUAAUACUGUCUUCAAGCCAGCGUUUGCUCUCCAUCCUCUAGCAUGGCUGCCAACUUCUUCAGCAACAAAGCCCGAGCUGCGGCAGUAGCAGCGGGCACUUCCAAGCCAAAGGCCACCGAUGGCAAGGAAGAGCAGGCACGGCAACAGCCAUGGGUUGAGAAAUACCGUCCCAAGACCCUCGAUGAUGUCGCUGCCCAAGAUCACACAACAAAAGUCCUCCAACGAACACUGCAAGCUUCCAACCUCCCCCAUAUGCUCUUCUACGGACCCCCAGGUACCGGUAAAACAUCAACUAUCCUCGCCCUCGCCAAGUCCCUCUUCGGUCCCUCCCUCUACCGCUCUCGUAUCCUCGAAUUGAACGCUUCCGACGAACGUGGUAUCGGUAUCGUGCGUGACAAGAUCAAGAACUUCGCUCGUGCCCAGCUGAGCCAAUCUACGGGUCUGGAUGCCGAAUAUUUAGCCCAAUAUCCGUGCCCACCGUUCAAGAUCAUCAUUCUCGAUGAGGCAGAUAGCAUGACGCAGGAUGCGCAGUCCGCUCUUCGUCGUACAAUGGAGCAGUACAGUCGGAUUACUCGAUUCUGUCUGGUUUGCAACUACGUCACUCGGAUUAUUGAGCCGCUGGCCAGUCGAUGCAGCAAGUUCCGGUUUAAGGCUUUGGAUAAUACGGCGGCUGGGGAUAGGUUGGAGCAGAUUGCCAAGUUGGAGAACCUGAGGCUGGAGGAUGGGGUCGUGGAGAAGUUGAUUGCUUGCAGUGAGGGUGAUUUGCGACGCGCGAUCACGUAUAUGCAGAGUGCGGCUAAGUUGGUUGGGGCUGGGGUGGGUGGAAAGAAGGAUGAGGAUGAGGAUGAGGAGAUGACGGACGAGGCGUCGGAGGUGGUAACUGUCCGGACUAUUGAGGAGAUUGCUGGUGUGGUUCCGGAAAGUGUGCUAGAUUCGUUGGUUCAGGCGAUGCAGCCCAAAAAGAUUGGUUCUUCUUACGAGGCUGUCGCGAAGGUGGUCACAGAUAUCAUUGCGGAUGGAUGGAGUGCGACGCAGCUUCUUCUGCAGUUGUACCGACGGGUGGUGUUCAACGAUGCAAUUCCCGACAUCCAAAAGAACAAGAUCGUUAUGGUGUUCUCGAUGAUGGAUAGACGCCUGGUUGAUGGUGCAGACGAGCACCUGUCCAUCCUGGACGUGGCUCUCAAGAUCUCUGGAAUUCUGGGCGGAGCUUAGCAGACAGGCUGCCAAGGACCUGAGAUUCCUGUUACUCUACUCCAUAAGCAGUACAAGCCCGCUGAGACUCCGGUAGGGCGUGGCAAAGGCCGGUGUAUGGCCACAUCCCUGUAAAAUCAGAGGAUGCUAGUUCACCGGAGGCCAUCUGCGGAAUUCUCCGCCAGUUAAGCUGUCGACAUACAGGUCGGCUAAGCUACCAGUGCCGCGGGGAACAGCAUAAUACUGCUUGAUUCAAUUAUGUGAUGGCUGGGUGGAGUUGGGUUUAUGACUGUAUGAGAUUUAAUGAAUGAGCUAAAAACAUCAUCAC